AUGGUGACUGAUACCUUAUGCCAGGCGUCCCCCCCCCCCCCCCCCGCGAUCCCACCUGCAAAACCCACCGCGCCAGCUUCCGUCGCACAGGAUUCCUCUUCUCAAAACUGCCAGAGCUGUCGCUGGCUUUCUGGGUCUGCGCUCCUCGGGGCGGGCGUCUAUGUCUUCCUGCUGGGCCAGAGGCCCAUGAAGCAGGGACUCCCAAUGCGACCAGGCCCCAUAGCUCAGAUGUUCCUCGGCGUCUCUAUCGCCUGUUUGGGUGUAGUUAUCCUGGCGGACCCCAAGAAGAAGUCCCACCAAGUUUGAAAGUACCAGCAAUUAAUUGUAUCCUGUCUCUGGCUGCGCGGCAAAAAGAGCAAGAUUUGUGUUGGUGGAUAUUCUUGCAGACGUGGACAGGGAUGCACUUCAUUAUAGAACAUGCCAAGAAGACUGUGACAACAUGAGCUGUCAUUAUUUGGUCUUGGAUGUUUACAACUUUCUCCCCUCAGGUUAUCAAGGGACAAAUAAAUCCCUUGGAAGCAAAAGUGUUUCAAUGUCUUGUCCAGGGAGGUUGUGUGUAGUUCAAAUUAUACUGAAAGAUAACAGUUUUAAGAAGAUAUUAAAAUGGAGUAAAUGAUAGUCUAAUCGUAAAGUAAGCUAUUUUAUUAUUAUAGCAAAUAGUCCUUUUUACUUUUCUAAUUGUAUCAAUAGCUAUUCCCAACCUAACCCUGGAUAGGUACAUGAAACUAGAUUUGAAAAUUUUUUUGUGCUCUCCACAGUGUCUGUAAAUCCUUCACAAUAGGGGUAGUUCCAAAGAGGCAAGAGUUACCUUUCCACACCAAAUGUCACUGCACAAUAAAAGACGUAAAUAUCAAAAUAUUUGAGAAAAGUUCAAAAAGAAAAUCUGUUGACAGUUUUUCCCAUUGACAUUAUAAGUAUUUUAGAUUGGAAUUGGGAUGAUUUUGAGAUAAAGACAUAAGAGAAAUGUCUGCUUACUGUCAGGUCUUGGUUUAGGGGGUUUUCUUUGAAAUACUGAGGUGUCUGUGCAAAUGUAUGUUUAGGUGGUUCUUCAUAGUAGAUACUAUUAAAUUCUGUACCAAGUAAUAAGUUUUGAAUACCAUG